UAAGAUGUGUAAAGAAUAAUCAUUCUUCAAACUUGUUAUCUCUUUUCUCUUCACAGGACUGCACAUUUUUCACUCGCAAGGAAAUUCUUCGGUUGCAUGGCAGGUAUCAUGAGCUGGCACCACAUCUCGUGCCUAUGGACUACACCAAAGAGCCGGACUGUAAACUGCCCUUAGCGCUAAUAGUGGCCAUGCCAGAACUCAAUGAAAACCCGUUCCGGAACAGGAUAGUGGAGUCCUUCUCAGAAGACGGCUUGGGGAACCAAAGCUUCAAUGACUUUGUGGACAUGUUUUCUGUCCUCAGUGAAAUGGCCCCCAGAGAGCUGAAGGCCAUCUUUGCCUUCAAGAUAUAUGAUUUCAAUGUGGAUAAUUUCCUUUGUAAGGAGGACUUAGAGCAGACCCUGAACCGGCUGACCAAGGAGGAGCUGACGGAGGAGGAGGUGCAGCUGGUGUGUGAGAAGGCCAUCGAGGAGGCCGACCUGGACGGGGACCACAAGCUGUCCUUCGCUGACUUUGAGAACAUGAUCACCAGGGCUCCGGACUUUCUCAGCACCUUCCACAUACGAAUCUAGGAGGGCUCAAUGGAAGACAAGACAGCUGGUUGACGGAGAACCACUCAAUGUCCUGAGCAGAGUGCAGAACCUCCCUCACCCUGCCUGGGAAGUCAACCCAGAACUUCUGGUCUUCCAGUCUUCUGAGUUAUCGUGAAACACACAUGUUUCCUCACAUUUAAAGGGUCUCAUGUAACAGGGCUCAACCAAUCUCGGUCACAUGUUGAAGAAUCUUUUUCUAGGUAUUUGAUUGAAAGGCAGAAUAAUUGCUGCCAAAUAAUCAUGUUUACUGUCAUAUUAUCGAACUAAAGUCUGGAGUGAAAGACCAUUUUCGCAGGUAUGGCAAGUGGAGUUAUUGUAUACGUUACAGCCCCAUUGAACCCCACCUUAACAACAACAUAAAUUCAAUGAUUAAAAAAUUUUAAGAAUUGAAAGUAACUAAAGCACAAAACUCAAAUAGACACCAUAGAAGGGAUUUCCACUCAUGUAUAAUCUAUGCAAAUUUAAUUUUCUGUGAUUUUUGGAGGAUUUUGUAUAUCUAGGUUUGGUCCUAGGAGCAUGAUGACAAUCAUAUCGUGGUGUAUUCUCUGUUGAAUGAAGGGCUCUGUAGGGGCUCCAUUAC